UAAUAAUUGAUGAUAUAUGUUAAAUACUUGGAUUGUUCUAGUGUUAAAACUUUAUUAUGCAUAUAUCGUAUAUACUGCCCGUGUAUGUGUAUCCCAUAUAUAUUAAAUUAUUUGGGGAUGCGGCGGGGAGGGGUUUCCCGUCCACGAAAAUUUUCCCGGGUAUCGGGGAUCCAUGGCCCAAUAUUAAGCUACGGUAUUAGAAUUGAAUUGAGGAAUAUGGUAUAAUGCACUGGCAGUCAGUGAUGAAGACAUCAAAUUUUUUUGGUUACUGUGUCUUUACUGUGUUUAGAGUUGCCAAUUUGGAGGUGUGGGUGCGGCUGAUCUGGUUCUUUUACAAAUUCUACUGUGUUUAUGUGUUAUUAGUUUUGAUCUAAUUAUUUUUGUAUAAUUAUGCAUCUAUGUGUUUUGUUUUUAAUUUUUUUUUUCAGGAUGGCUGAAAUCUCAGAAUUUCAAUAUGCUUAUUUCAAUUCCAGAUCAGCCGUGAUUCGGAUUAAAAUCCCUAUGACACUUAAUAGUUUCAAACCCGAAGUCAAGCUUGUGUUCUCUAAUCCAUCUCAAUUUCUUCCAACAGCUAUGGGACUCUUUAGCCACAAUCACAUUGUAUAUAUGGUUGGGGGCUAUAAGGAUGAUAAGGCUGAUGAGGCUGAUGAGGCUGAUGAGGCUUAUGAGGCUGAUGAGGCUGAUGAGGAUGGAAUUGACGAUGACGAUGGAGUUGAGUAUGUAGUUGAGUAUGGAUAUCAAUAUGGCUAUGUUGUUCAUAAGUUUGAUCCAACCGAGUUCCACGAAAUUCCGUUGGAAAAUAUUGAACCACUUCAGAACAUAAAUUGUGAACCCACGGUGUUUCCUGACGUCAUUCGAGUUGAGGAUCGGAUUUACCUGUUGUCAAAGCGUGAUUUUUUUUUAAUCAUUAUCGUUUUGACAUGAAUGGAGAGCGUCUUGACGUCUUUCGUUUUCAAUACUUUGAUCCAAACAAGAAUUUGUUUGAAACCCUGCCACCCCCACCCCUUCCAACUCAUCGUGUGGACAUUGGUCUUCUCAGUGUACGGUGUCAUUUUUUCUUUAGAGGUUAUAUAUAUUUGUUUAUUACAGACACUUAUACUUGCUUUCAAACAUCUAAGUUCAACACCAGAGAAUCAAAAUGGGAGGAUUGCAAGUCCAUGGUGGACAGAUUUGAAAAGAAAAAUAUUCCUUUUCCCUUCUUUGAUGUUGGCAAUAUCGGGAUUUCAGAUGAAUUUGUUGAUAACGCUUGGAUUCUAGUCGGCCUUAAUGGUGCUCUGCCCACUGCAUAUCAUGUUUGCCUUACUGACGAGGGUGAUAUUGAUCCUAUAUCUCAUAGGGUUCUAGCUGAACUUUAUACUUCGGGUGUUGAUAUGCAUUGCUCAGCAACUGAUUGGAAACAAUUAGCUGAUAUGGGAGGUGGAAGGUUUUGUGUGAUGUGCUGUAAUUUAGAUGAAGAAGAGUUUUUGUUAUACGGCUUCAAAAUUGAUUUUAAAGUUGAACACACCAUUCAAAGCAAUAAUACUGAAGGUUGUUCGUCACAUGUUAUUUUCAAAAUGAAAUUCAAUCGUAAUGACCCCAUCCCUUUGAAGCAUUUACUUACCGGUUUCUGUAUAGCUUCUGCUCCUCCUCUUGCAUCUCCCAGCUCUGCUCCUCCUCUUCUUGCAUAUCCUGACAAUGAAGACCAAGACAAGAAUGAUAGGAAGAGUAAGAGAAAAAGGGAGAGUAGAUUGUUUGUAUAGUUAUUUCCAGCUCUGCUCUUCCUCCUCCUCCUGCGCCGCUGAGCUUGCUCGCAGUGAAGACUACUAUUAUCUGUAUUUUCUUUUCUUCUACUCUAUUUUCCACCUCUUCACCAAGUUGGAAAUUACAAAGCUGGUCUCAGGCAUGUUAUAUUUCGGCUACAUGUUGAUUGAGUCAUAUGCCUUGUUCGUUUUAGCCGGACAAUUGCCUUUUAUGCAUGCAUGCUUGCUUCUGGUUUGUUUGUAAGAUAUACUUGUCUGUGAAGAUUGACUGAUGGCAACAAAGUACGUACUCAAUUACUAGUGAUGAAGUUGAUUGAUAAGCAUUUUCUUGUCUUAGGAUUUGUGAACUUGUGGAUUAAUAUAUUGAAUGUGCAUGCUCUGAUCUUGGUUAUGAAUA